AUGCCACGUUCACCCUCAAAUAUAAAUGCCAAUCUUUCACCCUCCAGAGCCAAACCACUUGCCAUGCGAAAGUCGAUAGCAAAGUCACAGUCGGCAACUGCUCCUUCUCCUCGUAAACCCGUGGCUGACUUCGACAUGGCAGAGCAAAUGAAUGAGGACAUUAGCAGCAAAUAUGUCAAAGGCAAGAAGUUGGGUGAAGGUACUUACGCAAUUGUGUACAAGGGCCACCUACGGUCAGAUCCGAGUGUGCUUGUGGCCAUCAAGAAAUUCAAGGUCGAUCCAUCACAGCAGAAGGAAGGACUCAAUGUCGAUACGAUACGAGAAAUCAAGUAUCUACAGGAAAUCUCACAUCCCAGUAUCGUUGCUUUAUUGGAUGUCUUUUCCUCCAAAGAUCAGAACAUCAACAUGGUCAUCGAAUAUUUUUCCAACGGCAAUCUGGAGGAGCUUAUUAGAGAUAAGUCUGUCAGUUACGGUGCUGCCGAUGUGAAGGCCUGGAUGGGGAUGUUGUGCCGAGCAAUUUACUACUGUCACUCGAAUUUCAUCCUUCACCGUGACAUCAAGCCCAACAAUCUUCUGAUUGCAGCGGAUGGUGAGGUCAAGUUGGCCGAUUUUGGUCUUGCCCGGUCUUUUGGUGAGCCGCGGUAUCAGAUGACCUCGGCGGUUAUCACCUUGUGGUACCGACCGCCAGAGCUACUCUUCGGAGCACGGCAAUAUGGCGGUGCAGUCGAUAUCUGGAGCAUAGGGAUGGUGUUUGCAGAGUUGCUCAUACGUCGACCUUAUGCUGCAGCGGACGUCGCAGAUCAGCAGGUGUUGGCAAGUGGCGGCGGCACGGUGGCGCAACUGGACAAGAUCUGUGAAGCUGUCGGUACGCCAAACGAAGAUAACUGGCCUGGGAUCUCGAAACUUAGAGAUUACUUUGAGCUCGAGAAGAAGAUUCCAGUGCGAGACAAGACGUUCUACAUGCAGAUGUUCCCGACAGCAGGCUCUGUUGGUGUGGACCUACUCAUGGCAAUGCUCAAGCUCGAUCCAAGAAAACGAGUGACUGCCAGAGGAUCUCUGGAGCAUGAAUGGUGGAGUGUAGAUCCCAGACCAACCGAUAAAGAGAAUCUUCCCAAACAAGGGGGUGGUGCUUCCAAGAUGGCUGCAGCCGAAACCGCAGCUCCGGGUGCGGUGGUGGACGAAAAUAAAUUCAAGGGCGUUGCGAAGAAGCUUGACUUUGGCGCGGCGAGAUGA